AUGCUUCGCUCUCGCUUUCCCACAGCUCAUCAUUUUACUGUGUCACUAUUCGGGUGUCAAUAUCACGCCGACUCGCCAUCGCCGGAGAAACUCUCCCUCAUCAAUAAGUUUGAUGGUCUCAUCAAGGCCGCUGCGAUUCAUGUCGAGGAGCUCGAGCAAAAUGAUCUGCCUUCCAAGAUCUGGAUGAGCUACUGGAAAUCGCCCCAGGCAUUCAAGGCAUGGUGGGAAAGUCCGGAAACCUCCACCUUCUGGAGUUCUCUUCCGGGAAACGCUGGCUUCUGGAGAGAAACGGUGAGCUUGCCUGCCACCAGAUCGAUGUACGAAACCAACAAGCCGAUACCUUCCGGAUUUGGCCACUGUGGAGAGCCCAUCCCCCUUACCGAGAAGACGGGAUACUGGGGUGCUUACCGCUCGCGCUUAACCCCUGAGUCGCCCGAAGACAAGUUUGAGUCCCCGCUGCCGGAGGUGCCUCAGCCGAGACAGCUCGCAGAAAAGGUCAGACCCGGUAGGAUUAGAGUAUCCAGGUUCCCCGACAAUAUCUGUUUCGUUGUCGAGGGCCAGGACUACAGCGCCAUGAACGACAACGAGCGGAGCCACUGGAAUGAAAAUUUUGAUGGCUUGACGAAGCAAUGGGUUACCAACGUUGUCACUGCUGGCCCGGCAAAGGGAAUGCUUUCUGCCAGAGCUUGUCAUGCUUUUGCUGGCGAGAAGCAGCCUGGAGCAACGAACAGCGCAACAAACGGUGCCUUGAUCAAUGACACCAACGGAACGGCCACCAAUGGGCACGGGAUCUUUCCCGGGCUGGACUACAUCCGUCAAGCUCAGCUUCUUUUCUGGCUAGACCUGUCAAAGAUGGAGCACAUCGGCCGGACAGAUAAGGUCCACGUCAAGCUUAGACGAGGCUUCUUUGCGGCAUACGGGCCUGGUGGAGUUAUGGAGGGAGGCGAUCUCUUGCUCUGGGUUGACGUGGCGGUGCUGAAGGGACAGGAGAUGGACGCGGAGUAUGUGGGGUGUUACGAUGGAACAGGAUUCCUCGCCUACGACAAUCAUCCCGCGUUUUCGACGGAAAAUGUAGAAACGGCCAAACUGCCAACUUUCUUUGAUACGCCCAUCGAGUCGAGUCCCAUCGAGUGGUAG